AUGCCUUGUGCCCGGUCCUCCGCGAGAGUUCAAGGUGUACGUCCUCGCCGAGCGAUGUCCUGCUACGACCUGUGCCUGCCCUCCUCCUGCAGCCCCCGGCCGCUGGCCACCAGCUGCAACCAGCCCUGCUUCCGCCGCUGCGGGGACUCCACCACCGUCAUCCAGCCCCCCACCGUCGUGGUCACCCUGCCCGGGCCCAUCCUCAGCUCCUACUCGCAAAACACGACGGUGGGGUCCACGGCGUCGGCGGCGGUUGGGAAUUACCUCCGGUGCUGCGGGGUCCCCGUGGCCUCCGGCGGUCCCCGGGGGCGGGGGAAGGGGGGACUGCUGUGCCUGGGCAGCGGGCUGUAG